UGCAUGGCGAGGAAGGUUCCCAGUUUCUUCCUUCACUGUGUGGAUCCUACUCCCAUACACGUUGUAUUUUCUGUAGUCCAGCAAAAAUUCAGCCUAUUAAACCUUGCUAUUGAACAGCAGUGUCCGCCAGCUUCUUGUGGGGAUCUCCAUGACAUUAGGUACCCGUUUCGCUUGAAUAGUAAUGGUACUACCGUUAACAAUUGUCUAAACUCUCCAGUUGAACUUUCAUGUGAGCAGAAUCGCACCACUUUAAAACUUUUCAAUGGUACGUAUUAUGUCAUGGGAAUCGAUUAUGAAUUGCAGGCAAUCCAGGUUGUGGAUCCUGGUCUACUAAGUGAUACUUGCCCCUUUAGGCCAAAUCACAGUUUGACAAGAGGUGACUUUACCAUAGGCCUUGACCAAGAAGCAGACUACCGAUCAUAUGUUAACGUCUCUGGUGGUCACCGACUAUAUUUUAACCGCUCUGGUGGUUAUAGUUAUGCAAUGUUCUAUGAUUGCCGGUCGAAAGUUGAGAUCCCGGACUACUGUGGCUACAUAAAAGUUAAUUGCAGUAAUAGCUCAUCGUCGUGGUCAUAUUCUUACAUUAAGCUGGGAAAUGAUUUGUGUAAUCUUCAUGAUUUGUCUGGACUUCUACAGUAUUGUAUUAUGACCACCAUCACCCUUUUCAUGUUAGAUGAACAUGGUUAUUCAAUUUCAUUUUCUUUCAUCCGCGAUGAGUUGAGAAAGGGUUUUCAACUUGAUUGGUCCUCUCUUGUCCCUGCUAAGUACUGCUACAGCCGAUUCCAGUCCCUCUAUUGUUUUUGGAAAUACUUGAGAUACGAAACCUCCCUACAUUUUGUACGAGCCCCCAAGAUGAUCAUCGGAUUGAGUCUGACUGUACGAAUGGCAUUCAGCAUCAAUGUUUUUUUGGUGUUUAUCUUGGUGUACAAACCGUCUUGGAAAAAGAUCCUGAAGGAUGGCGAUAAGGACGUUGAAGAAUUCUUGGAUGCAUACAAGAAUCUUAUGCCAAGCAGGUAUUCAUAUUCAGAAAUUAAGACGAUGACGAAUUCUUUCAAAGAUAAACUUGGUCAGGGAGGUUUUGGUUCUGUUUAUAAAGGAGAACUAUCAAAUGGUCAUCUUGUUGCAGUAAAGAUGUUGAAUGAUUCCAAAAGCAAAGGGCAAGAUUUCAUCAAUGAAGUUGCCACAAUAGGAAGAAUUCAUCAUGUCAAUGUGGUGCAACUAAUUGGAUUCUGUUCCGAGGGGUCUAAAAGAGCUCUUGUUUAUGAUUUCAUGCCUAAUGGAUCCCUCGACAAAUAUAUCUUGUGUGAUGCAAAAAGUAAUCCUACUCUAAGUUGGGAUAGAAUGCAUGAGAUAGCUCUAGGGGUGGCUCGUGCAAUUGAAUAUCUACACCGGGGAUGUGAUAUUCAAAUUCUACAUUUUGAUAUUAAGCCCCACAACAUUCUCCUUGAUGAAAACUUUAAUUCCAAAAUUUCAGACUUCGGGCUUGCAAGAUUUUACCCGAGAGAUCAGAACACUAUUUCUGUUACUGCAGCAAGGGGCACAAGGGGAUAUAUAGCUCCAGAAAUGUACUACAGAACUAUUGGUGGUGUUUCCUACAAAGCUGAUGUUUAUAGCUUCGGAAUGUUGUUACUGGAAAUGGCAGGGCGGAGGAAAAACUUGAAUCCAGAUGUAGAACAUUCGAGCCAAAUUUACUUCCCUUCCUGGAUUUAUGAGCAACUUGAAAAGGGAAAGAAUCUUGAAAUUGAGGAUGCAUGUGAGGACGAUACUAAAAUAGCCAAGAAGAUGAUCACGGUUGCUUUGUGGUGCAUACAACUCAUGCCUGCUGACCGCCCUUCGAUGACCAAGGUUUUAGAGAUGCUUGAAGGUGAAGAUGAAGUCUUGCAAAUGCCUCCAAAGCCGUUCUAUUGUCCCCAACAAAUGCCAACUGAGGGUUUACCUGAUGACAGCGAUGAGACAGAUAUUGAAGAGGUAUCUAUCAUGCCACAGAGUGCUAAAGAAUCUACUUCGAUGGUGUGAGGGGAAGCAAUUAAUGCCCAAUUUAUACUUGUAUUCCUCUUCUUAAGCUUCAUUACACUUCGAAACUUUGAAUAACAGUAAUGAUAUGUAAUCCCAUGAUUAAAGCCCUUUGCAUUAAUAUAUUACUCGUAGGUUUUAUAAUCCCUAGCUUUAAUAUUGUUAUUAAUAUUGCUAAAAUCAUGCAAUAUUGGUCUU